CUCUUCUCUUCUUCACUAAAAUCCUGAGAUCCACAUUCACUUUAGCUCAACAUUAUCAAAAACAAGGAUAAGCCUUCACAACAAUUGGGUUCCACACAAAACUCUUCUUUUGCUUCUCAUUUUAAUAUUUGAAGAAAAAACAUUGGACAACAUGGAAGCACGUGCAGCGGCUAAUCAUCGUAUUGCAAGAAUCACCUCUCAUCUUCAGCCACCCAAUUUCAAGGAUGGUGGUGAUGUUCUUGUUGAGAGGGCUGAGUGCAGGGCAAAAGGAGGGGCACCGGGAUUCAAGGUGGCAAUCUUGGGGGCUGCUGGUGGAAUUGGCCAAUCCCUAUCUUUGCUGAUGAAGAUUAAUCCCUUGGUCUCAGUUCUUCAUCUCUAUGAUGUUGUUAACACCCCUGGUGUCACUGCUGAUGUUAGUCAUAUGGACACUGGUGCUGUGGUUCGCGGCUUUCUGGGGCAGCCGCAACUUGAGGGCGCACUCACUGGGAUGGACCUGGUAAUUAUACCUGCUGGUGUCCCAAGGAAACCCGGGAUGACAAGGGAUGAUUUGUUUAAGAUAAAUGCUGGAAUUGUGAAGACCCUUUGUGAAGGAAUUGCCAAGUUCUGUCCCAAUGCAAUUGUCAACUUGAUUAGCAAUCCAGUGAACUCCACUGUUGCAAUUUCUGCUGAGGUUUUCAAAAAAGCUGGUACCUAUGAUCCAAAGCGGCUGCUAGGUGUUACAACCCUGGAUGUUGUGAGGGCAAAUACUUUUGUGGCAGAGGUACUUGGAGUGGAUCCAAGAGAGGUUGAUGUUCCAGUGGUGGGAGGUCAUGCAGGAGUUACAAUACUGCCUCUUUUGUCGCAGGUUAAGCCUCCUAGUAGCUUCACUGCAGAAGAAGUUGAAUACCUGACAAAUCGCAUCCAAAAUGGUGGAACAGAAGUUGUUGAGGCAAAAGCUGGAGCUGGUUCUGCAACACUAUCAAUGGCAUAUGCAGCUGCCAAGUUUGCUGACGCAUGCCUCCGUGGCUUGAAGGGAGAAGCCGGAGUGGUGGAAUGUUCUUUUGUGCAGUCCCAGGUGACGGAACUUCCCUUCUUUGCAACCAAGGUACGUCUUGGUCGCGGUGGAGCAGAAGAGGUAUUUCAACUUGGUCCCCUGAAUGAGUAUGAAAGGAUUGGAUUGGAGAAAGCAAAGCAAGAGUUAGCAGAAAGCAUCCAGAAGGGGAUAGAUUUCAUCAGAAAAUAAGUGAUAUGAGGAAAAUCUGUUUUUGUCUUCUUCUAUAAUGACCCUAUGUACUAUUUCCCCCUUGUUCAUAGUAAAUUCUUAAGAAUAUAGUAUUCCAAAUUUUUGGUGUCAUCCAUUCCUUAAAUGUUGAUCUUAAAGGAUUUGGCAUCAAUGGAAGCAUAAUGAUCUGAAAGACAAUAUACAAAACUGGCCUUUUGUACUAUUUCCAUAUACCACUGUUUUCUUUAAUCUUUCA